GAAGAAGAAGAAGCUGGAAGCGGAAGUAGGUUUCCGGUGUCCUUGUGCGAGACGACUGCAGACGGACCGUAAAGAUGAACAGACACAUAUUUGCUCUCCAGCAGGUGGCGCGCAGGACCAUCGGCAGCUCCGCGCGCCGGCAGGUCGACAACAAAGUGCCGCAGAAGCAGAAGCUGUUCCAGGAGGACAACGGGCUGCCCAUCCACCUCAAAGGAGGCGCCGUCGACGCCGUGCUCUACAGGGCCACCAUGACGCUCACCGUCCUCGGAGCCGCCUACGCGGUGUACGAGCUGCUGCAGGCGGCGUUCCCCAAGAAGGCGUGAGCCGCUGGUCUGUUGAGUGUUUCUAGAACCGCACCUUCAUGGGAUCAAUAUUUAUGUGUCUCUUUCUCUCCGAUGACUUCAAGGAUCAAUAAAAUACAAACGUACCUCUCCU